GAAAACUAGUCCUUUAUGACAGCGGGUGCUGGAAUUUACGAGGAGCGCUUUAAUGCAGCAAAAAAAAAAAAAACCUCAGUGUGGAAGAUUCAAGAUGGUGAAAUUUGGGCUCCAGUUCAAAGCCACUUUGGAGAAUGUCACCAAUGUGAGGCCAUUGGGCGACGACUUCCGCUGGUUUCUGAAGCUGCAGUGUGGGAACUGUGGAGAGGUCCCAGAUAAAUGGCAGUACGUAACCCUAGUGGAGAGUGUGCCACUAAAAGGAGGAAGAGGCAGUGCCAGCAUGGUGCAGAAAUGUAAACUUUGUGCCAGGGAAAAUUCAAUAGAUAUCCUGGGAGACACAAUCACACCGUAUAAUGCCGAGGACAGCGAGCGCUUCAAGACAAUGGUGCAGUUUGAGUGUCGAGGUCUGGAGCCCAUUGACUUCGAACCACAAGCGGGUUUCGCUGCACAAGGAGCAGAGUCUGGAACACCGUUUCUUGAAAUCAACCUACAAGAAAAAGACUGGACAGACUACGACGAGAAAGUCAGCGAGUCGGUGGGAAUAUAUGAGGUCACACACCAGUUCAAAAAGUGCUGAUGUCAUCAUGUGAUGAGCCAAUGAACACUACAGUUAAACAUCCUCCGGCCUCUUUCCUGGCAUCAAGGGAUGCUCCAGAUGCUGAGGUGGCGUGGUUUGGUUGGUGAUGAACAUUAACAGGUGAAGACUAACAGCACAGGUUGUCCAUACACAUCAUGGAUUAAUCAGCAUGUUCAAGGCUUUUUUUCACUGCCUCAAUAAAAUUCGAAAGGUGAA